CGGGCGGGUUUACGGGUUAAACAAACCUUUUAAUCUUCUCUAUCCAUAUACGCACGAAGCACAGAGUGAACACUACCGCGACUUACUGAAGAAAUGGAAAUCCCCAAGUACCAAACAGCCGCGUGCAUCGACAAGCCACGACCCGGCGCACGGCUGGAGAUCCGCCAUGAUGUCCCUGUCCCGGAGCCGGGGUCUGGCGAGGUGUUGGUUAAGAUGGAAUGGACUGGGUUCUGUCACUCGGAUCUACAUAAUCUGACCGGAGAGUUGCCGAUGACUACUAAUGUCCCGGGCCAUGAAGGGAUAGGGAGAGUUGUUAAAGUUGGUCCCGAUACCGCACCGGAAAUUAUGGGAAAGCAAGUCGGGGUAAAGUGGCUGUAUAGUACCUGCAGAAAGUGCCCGACAUGCCAGGUACAGUAUACGAACUGUGCCAAUCAGAGCAAUUCGGGAAGAAACGUUCCGGGGACCUUUCAACAAUAUGUGGUUUCACCUGCCGACUUUGUUUCCGUUAUUCGGGAAGAUCUCAAGCCGGAGGCAGCUGCGCCUUUGCUGUGCGCUGGAUUGACCAUGUAUGGCGCAUUAAAUAAGCUUGAAAGGUUAUGUAGGUCAGGCGAUUGGGUGGUUAUCAUGGGUGCUGGUGGUGGACUUGGACAUUUGGGAGUACAGAUCGGAAAAGAGCUGGGAUACCGCAUCAUCGCUGUCGAUAGCGAAAACAAGCGAGAUAUCUGCAUUAGCUCCGGCGCAACUGCCUUUGUCGACUUUAGAGACAACGCCCGAGAGCGCAUUCUCUCCUUAACCGACAACAUCGGGGCUCACGCUGUCAUCGUGGUCGUCGGCCUCGAAAAAGCCUACGAACAAAGCGUCCAGUUCCUCCGCCCCGUCGGAACCCUGGUCUGCGUUGGUCUCCCUCGUCCAGACUACCACAUCCCCAUUUCGCCGAUUCACUGCGUCAAUAGCGGAUACCACAUUGUAGGUAGCGCGGUGGGAACAGAAGACGAAAUGCAGGCGUUGCUGAAGAUGGCGGCGGAGGGAAGAGUGAACACGCAGUAUGAAACGUUCAAACUCGAGGAAAUCAACGAGGUUGCUGCGAGAUUGCAGCGGUUUGAAGUAGAGGGGAGGGCGGUAUUGCGGAUUCCGUAGGCGCCUCGAUACGAUGUACAUAUUAGAUAACAUUGACGUUGAUACAGGAGUGCAACGGGGUACUCCGAUGUAUGAUAGAUCAUAGCAGUCGAAACAUUGGCCAGGUGUUAGACGUUAAUAUAGAUACGCAGGACAAAAUGGAGUAGAUAUUCCC